AUGCUUAAUAAACUUUUAUUUUGUAUCUAUUUGAAAAAAAAUAUUUAAUUUAUUAUAAAUAUAUAUUUUUAUUUUAUUAAAAUUUGCUUAGAUUGCCUGUAAAAAAGUAAAAUGAAAUAAGACUUACAAACUAAAGAAAUCUUACUAAAAAUCUUUAUAGAUGGUGGGCCCUAGAUUGGAAAAUAAACUUUGGCUAAGCGAUUUAUUGAUGAUGAAUUUAUUUAAUUGACAUAAUUGCAUAAACUUUUAGAUUUUAAUAUCUACAGAACAGAAUAUUAUAAUUAAAAGUUGAAAAUAAAGAUCUUUUCUUUUAGAUAGCAUCUUUGUAGAUAUGAACUAGUAAUUAAAAAGCUUCAUUAAGACUCUAAUACUCUUAUUUUUGCUUAUGAUAUCACAAAAAGAGAGUCAUUUGAUGACUUACAAGAAAGAAUACAAACAUUUAUGUCAUAAUAAUUUUCAAAAAAUAUGAUUGUUUUUCUUAUAGGACUAAAGAAAGAUCUAUCCGAUUAAAGAUAGGUAUCAAAAAAUGAAGCAAAAUAAAUUGCUGACUCAUUUGGGAUGCAUUUUUUUGAAAUCUCCUCUAAAUAGAAUAUUAAUAUAUUUGAAAUGUUUGAUCUUGCAAUAAGAGAAUCUUUAGAUAAAUUUUAUUUAUUUAAAAAUCUAUGA